AUGCAUAAGAAUGACAAGAUUGAGUCCUCAGAGAGAAGAGAAUCGAAAAAGGACAGUUCAUGGGUUCAAAAAUCCUUCAGCCAGAAAUGCUAUAUCAUCCUGCUUACAGGCUGCUACAGUUGUCACUGGAAAUACAAACAGUGGGAGAAAGCCAAACUUGGAUCAUGUUGCUGUUCUCGGAGAGAGCAAUUCUGUUUUGUAGUACUGGUGAUUUCAUUUCUCUUAUCUGUGCUUUUGCUGUUCGUGUGGAUAGAAAUCUCAAAUGAAUACUUCGGCCUUAAUUGGGUCAUUUUUCUAGGAACAGGAGUCUGGGUCUUCGCUUCCAUAAUUUUUCUGAGUUUAUUUUGGAUCCUGACUGCCUACACUUCAUUGCUGUUGAUAGUUGGAAUUUUGCUGAUUCGGGAGCAAAUCAAACUCGAGAUGUACUGGUGUCAUAAGGUUGUGAUUGUGCUGUCGAUUCUGAUGUAUGUCGGUUUACUGUAUGUUUUAUUUAAAUUCUGGAAUGACAAGUGGCUGACAGUUGGGUUAUCACUGCAGAUCUUUGCUCCCUACAUACACUUGUGCAGUAUAACUCUGAUGGUUCUCUUUACCUGGCCUGUAGCCUACUGUGUGAUCUAUUUGGAAACAGAAGUUAGAAUAAGAAGAUACAGGACAGCAUACUACAAGGAAGAAAGCCUCAAGAGAUGUAAUAUAUUCACAAGGUUAAGAGCUAUACAGGUGGCUAUUGCAUUGCCUUUUCUUCUUAUCCUCAUAUUUCUUUAUUUGAUGCCACUGGGUAUUCAAUCUCCUUGCAUUCAGGAAAAGGAGAAUUUGGGCCCCAAACCAGUCUUCUUUGCACAUAGAGGUGCACCCAUGCAUGGACCAGAGAAUACCAUGAUGGCCUUUGAGAAAGCUGUUGAAUUUGGGGCUUAUGGACUGGAGACUGAUGUACAGCUAAGUUUUGAUCGUGUGCCUUUCCUUAUGCAUGAUCAUGACCUGGCAAGAACAACCAACAUCAGGGAAGUCAAGCCAGAAGUGGCGUGGAAUCAUUCUGCCUUCUUCAACUGGACAGUCCUGUCAACUCUGAAUGCAGGAAAAUGGUUUCUAGAUCCAUGGCGCAAACCAUAUUUCAAUAUGAAAUAUUUAUCAGAGGCUGAUAAACGCAAAGCAAGAAAUCAAUCAAUUCCAAGACUAGAUGAUUUAUUGCAACUUGCAAAGAAGGAACAUAAAUUUGUGAUAUUUGAUCUUUAUGGCCCUCCACCAAAACAUCCUCUCAGAAACACAUUUGUUGAGCAUGUAACAGAGGUGAUCCUUAACUCUAACAUCGAGCCACAUCUGAUUUAUUGGUUGUCAAGCUACAAAAGAGGGCACGUCAGGUGGAGGGCUCCUGGUUUUCGACUGGUGGGCCGUUUAUAUACUAUAGAAGAACUUGAAAAAGAAAAUAUCAGGACAAUAAAUGUUGACUACAAGAAUUUGUUUUACAGGGGCCUUAAAGAUUAUAAAGCAGCUAAUAUCAACAUCAACCUAUACUUGGUCAAUGAGCCUUGGCUCUUCUCAUUGGCCUGGUGCUCCAGGAUUGACUCGGUGACCACAGACGACAUCCCGCUCCUGAGUCAGCUUGAUUCUCCUCACUUCUUCAUGACACCAAGGUACUAUAUGUUCAUAUGGCUUUUCAUGGAUAUUAUUUCUGCAACUUCCAUUGGUACCAUAAUUUAUUUUAUCUGGCAAAGAGAUAUGAAAGAAGAAAAAUUGCUUGAAAAAGCCAGAACUCAAACAGACAGCGUGAACCGUGCAGAGAGAGAAGUUGAAGUCUGAGGAGCUUCGCACUGAUCGGCAGAGCCUCUUUGCUGAGGCCCUGAGGCUCCGUCAGCCUCUACCCAGCUUUAACCAAGGACACACAUCAACAUCCAGACAUUUAUCAUUGUCCGUUAACACCCAGGAAGAAACUGAUGCCUGUCAAAAGUACUUUCACUCCACCAGUGCCUGCCAAGCCCGAUGUUAAGUCAUUGAUGCCCAGCCAGGUCUCUGAACUCACCCAGGCAUCCACUUGGGAGAUCACCUGUAGUACCACCCUCCAGGGUACAUUGUAACCUGCAGAGGCUCUCAUGACAGAAAUCUUCUAAUGAAUACUCUGUAAUACU